GCCGGCCGCCGCCUCGGCCCCUCCGCCGCGGGAUGCGAGCGCGCCACCGCCGCCGCCGCCAGGGCUGAGGCUGCGGGCGGGGCGGGGCGGCCAUGGGGCUCCCGGCGCUGGAGUUCAGCGACUGCUACCUGGACAGCCCGGCCUUCCGCGAGCGGCUGCGGUGCUCCGAGCAGGAGCUGGAGCGCACCAACCGGUUCCUAAAGGACGUGGUCAAGGACGGCAACGCGCUCAUCGGGGCCAUCAAAAAUUAUUCCUUGGCCGUCCAGAAAUUCUCCUUGACGCUCCAGUCCUUCCAGUUUGACUUCAUUGGGGACACUCUGACAGAUGAUGAAAUCAACAUUGCUGAAUCCUUUAAGGAAUUUGCUGAGCUGCUCCAAGAGGUGGAACUUGAGAGGUCCAUGAUGGUGCAAAAUGCCAGUAAUUUAUUGAUCAAACCUCUGGAAAAAUUCCGUAAGGAGCAAAUUGGAUUCACCAAAGAAAGGAAGAAGAAGUUUGAGAAGGAUGGGGAGAAGUUUUACUCCAUGCUGGACCGCCACCUGCAUUUAUCUUCCAAGAAAAAGGAAUCUCAACUGCAAGAGGCUGAUUUGCUGGUUGAUAAAGAGCGACACGUUUUUUUUGAAUCUUCCCUGGAAUAUGUUUAUCAAAUCCAAGAAGUGCAAGAGAGCAAGAAAUUCAGUAUUGUGGAGCCUGUGUUGGCUUUUCUUCAUAGCCUUUUCACUUACAACAACCUGACUGUGGAGCUCACACAAGAUUUCCUUCCAUACAAGCAACAGCUUCAGCUCAGUUUGCAAAAUACAAGGAAUCAUUUCAUCAGCACUCGUGAAGAGCUGGAGGACCUCAAGAAAAGAAUGAAAGAAGCUCCACUGACCUGCAAACUACCUGGCAAGCCAACCAUCGAGGGAUACCUCUAUUCACAAGAAAAAUGGGCCCUGGGAAUCUCCUGGGUCAAGUACUACUGCCAGUACGAGAAGGAAACAAAGAUGUUAAGAAUGACACCCAUGGAGCAGAAACCAGGAGCGAAACAAGGCACCACUGUACACUUGAUCCUGAAGUCCUGCGUGCGAAGGAAGACGGACUCCAUCGACAAAAGGUUUUGUUUCGACAUUGAGACGGUUGAAAGGUCUGGUCCCAUCACCUUGCAAGCUCCCUCGGAAGCCAACCGGCGGCUCUGGAUGGAGGCCAUGGACGGGAAGGAGCCGAUCUACCACAGUCCCAUCACCAAGCAGGAGGAAAUGGAACUGAACGAGAUCGGCUUCAGAUUUGUCCGGAAAUGCAUCAAUGCGGUCGAGACAAAUGGAAUUGCCACAGAAGGGGUCUAUCGCACCGUCGGGAGCAACAUCCAGGUGCAGAAGCUCUUGAACGCCUUCUUUGAUCCUAAGUGCCCUGGGGAUGUGGAUUUCCAGAGCAGCGACUGGGACAUCAAGACGAUUACGAGUUCCUUGAAAUUCUACCUGAGGAACCUCUCGGAACCUGUCAUGACAUACAAGCUUCACAAAGAAUUGGUCUUGGCUGCCAAGUCUGAGAACCUGGAUGAGCGGCUGGGAGCCAUCCACGGCCUGGUCUAUAAGCUCCCUGAGAAGAACCGGGAGAUGUCCGAGCUGCUCAUCAAGCACCUGGUCCAGGUGUGUGAACACAGCAGGGAGAACCUCAUGUCCCCCUCCAACAUGGGGGUGAUCUUUGGCCCCACCCUCAUGCGUGCGCAAGAGGACACGGUGGCGGCAAUGAUGAAUAUUAAGUUCCAGAACAUCGUGGUGGAGAUUCUCAUCGAGCACUUUAACAAGAUCUAUUCUGGGCCUCCUGAAGACAACGCUGCACCCCCCGUGCCACCCCCGCGGGUCGCCACCCGAAGGCACAAGCCCAUCACCAUUUCCAAGCGCCCCCUGAGAGAGAGACCCCUCUUCUUCGGAGGUUCUGUGGAAGAAAGCGAAGAGGAGGACAGCUGUGGCCUGGCCCCAAAUGGCAUCGUUGCUGCCCUCAGCCCCGACGUGCCGAAGCCCCUCCAGCGCAGCCGACUGCAGAGGCCCGGAGAAGCUGACCCAGGAAGGCCCAGCCCAGAGAGCCGUGGAGCUGGGGAGCCCUGUGCAGAGGUGGGCGUGGGAAGGCUGGUGUCCAGGAUCCAAGAAGGAGGAGCAAAGCUCUCCAGUAAACCUGCCAACAGCACCGGGCCAACUCCCCCUGCCCUGAAGGCCUCCAGCCUCCAGCCCAAGAAGCCUGCCCCAAGGCCUGGGGCCAGCUGCAGAGAAGGUGACUACGAGAGCUUCCCUAAAGCUCGGCUCCCUGGAGAGAAACCGGUCAUCACGCGGCCUCCCAUGCGACCCCCAGACCCCCCCUGCAAGGCUCCUGGCCCACAGAAGGUGGAGGCCAAGAUGGACCUGGUGGCGGGAACAGCGGCGGAAGCCCCCUCCUCCGUGGUGGCGUCCAGAGCAAAGUUCUUCGAGACGGCUUCCUUCAGGAGAGGAAGCUCUUCCUGUCCGCAGGGCAGAUCCCCAAACGAGGAAGGAUGAAAGGCCCCAGGCUUCUGCAUGGCCGAGCCUGGAUCACCUCCAACGGAAUUGCAACACGUGGUGUGCGCUCUGUAAACCAGCUAUUUCCAACCUCGUCUUCGGACACGCCGUUGUGACCGCCUUGCAUUGUUAUAAGGGGAGCAGAGGCAUUUUUGGGAGAGACAGUUGGUUCCACCAGCUACUAGGAGGGUUGAA